GCAUGUUUCCCUAACAUCCUUCUGUUAUCUCUCCUUCAGCCCAUGGAGGUGUUCGUUGACGACGAGACUAAGCUCACGCUCCACGGCCUGGCGCAGUACUACUGCAAGCUGAAGGACAGCGAGAAGAACCGCAAACUGUUCGACCUGCUCGACGUGCUGGAGUUCAACCAGGUGGUGAUCUUCGUCAAGUCAGUGCAGCGCUGCGUGGCUCUGGCUCAGCUGCUGGUGGAGCAAAACUUCCCGGCCAUCGCCAUCCACAGAGGGAUGGCUCAGGAGGAGAGGCUGUCUCGCUACCAGCAGUUUAAGGACUUCCAGAGGCGGAUCCUGGUCGCCACCAACCUGUUCGGCAGAGGCAUGGACAUCGAGCGGGUCAACAUCGUGUUCAACUACGACAUGCCGGAAGAUUCUGACACCUAUUUGCACAGGGUUGCUCGUGCCGGUCGGUUUGGAACCAAAGGUCUGGCCAUCACCUUCGUUUCUGACGAGACCGACGCCAAGACUCUGAACGACGUGCAGGACCGCUUUGAGGUCAACGUGGCCGAGCUGCCGGACGAGAUCGACAUCUCCUCUUACAUCGAGCAGUCCAGAUGAGUCCUCCAGCCCAGCAGAAAUCUCUUCAUGGAUUUGGAAGUAGACGUAUCUCAUCGUUGAGUCAAAAAGCUCUGCUCUAUUCACCGUUUAUUUUUAUUGUCAUUUUCUUUUUUGGGGGCGACGACGGGGGGUUGAUUUUUAAUUUGUCUUUAACUGUUGAAAUUAAAACUUUUUAUAAAAUGCCA